AUGCAGGUUGUGGCUGGUAUGGAAAUGUUUUGUAGUGAUUCAAGUGGAAUCGGAAGGAGUUUCCUCAUGAUCUCAAAAGUUGAGGAUCAUGGAUCAUUAAAAGUUAUUACUCACGGAUUGAAACUGAAGAAGUUUGCCGAAGUUCCUAUGCCAGAUCCUGUAGAGCAUUGGAUUCAAGAAUCUGGGCUGAUGCAUCUAUCUUUAGGCUACCUCAUUAUGGCUGAUGCUGGUCUGAUAUCCGCAUUUGUUGAAAGAUGGCACAAAGAGACCAGCUCAUUUCAUCUGCCAUUUAGAGAGAUGACUAUCACUUUAGACGACAUCGCGACUCUCCUUCACAUCUCACCACAUGAUGGAGCUGUCCACGACACUCGACAGGUGGGAGGUUACAUGACCCUACUACAGUGUUGGAUUUACGAGCACUUCUCUAGGAUCUGUAAGCGGGGUGAUAGAGGAGCGGUUCCUGCACAUCUUCCAAGAGCAUGUAGGUGGACUGCAAAACAUGCUGUUGAAGGUGAAUUGAUGGCAUAUCAUCGGAGACUUGAUGCGUUGUUGCUCGAGGAUGUAGUGUUUACACCAUAUGAUGAUGAUCGAGCUAAUCAUCCGUUUGUAUCGAUUUCGAUGUUUUCUGGAUAUCUUCGAUGUGGUGGAGUCUCAUAUAGAUUGGGCCCAAUAGAGUACUAUGAGAUCAGCUGUAGAGACCUUUCAGAGACUUUUCCUCCGACUUUUCCUGGAGAUGUCACUGCAGACUACUAUGCAUGGUACAUUAGUGUUUCACAUCCUCUGAUUCUCCCUCCAUCUACUGUUGCACUUUCGAGUCCACAUACUACUGUUGUUGCACAUAUUGGUCCAUCAUCUUCUACACAUGCUGGUAGAGACCGUAGAGCAGUUGAGCUUGCACAUAGAGCCUUAGAUAUGGUAACACCAUUUAGUGAGAUUCAUGACAUAUUAAGUGAAUUAUGCCGCUUGUAUGACGAUUAG